GGGCUCGGGGGGCGUGCCCCGAGCUAGGGGGCGUGGCCGUGGGGGCUACCCGGUGGUGCUCAGCUGACUGGCGGAAGCCUUCGGUGAAGCGUCGGCAGCGGGCGGUCGGGCUGCCUAGCUGGCGCGCGCGAAGGCUGCUGGGAGGCUGUGGAGCCCGGGGCAGCGCGAUGGCAUCGGCGGGGUCUCGCGGAGCCCUCCCUGGCUGGGUCUCCGUGCUGGCUUGGGGCCUGGUGCUGUGGUGCCUGUGUGGGGCGGGCCCGCUGUGGAGUGGCAGCCACGAGUGGAAGAAACUAAUUUUGACCCAGCACUGGCCCCCAACAGUUUGCAAGGAAGUGGAUGGCUGCAGAGAUACUCUGGAUUAUUGGACAAUACAUGGACUAUGGCCUGAUAGAGCAGAAGAUUGUAACCAAUCCUGGCACUUUAACUUAGAUGAGAUUAAGGACCUUCUGCGAGACAUGAAGAUCUACUGGCCCGAUGUAAUCCACCCGUCCUCUAACCGCAGCCGGUUCUGGAAACACGAAUGGGAUAAGCACGGCACCUGCGCUGCUCAGGUGGAUGCCCUCAACUCCGAGAAGAAGUACUUCGGGAAGAGCCUAGACCUGUACAAGCAGAUCGACCUCAACAGUGUGCUGCUAAAAUUUGGGAUCAAGCCAUCUAUCAAUUACUACCAGCUUGCAGAUUUCAGAGAUGCGCUUACCAGGAUCUAUGGCGUGGUGCCUAAAAUCCAGUGCCUUGUGCCAGAACAGGGAGAGAGUGUACAAACUGUUGGUCAAAUAGAGUUAUGCUUCACCAAGGAGGACCUCCAUCUGCGAAACUGCACUGAGCCAGAUGAGCGGCUGUCCUUCAGGCCGGAUGCCCGGCUGGCCACGGGGGCUUCCACACACGGGAUGAUGGUCUGUGAAGAUGGUCCAAUCUUCUAUCCUCCGCCUGCAAAGACCCAACUUUGAUGUUCACAUUUUGGAAAUAUUUUAUGUUCCACAAAUCUGAUUGGUAGGGGCUCCUGUGUUCUUCCUGGCAGCUGCGAGCAAAGCACCUGGGGUCAGGCCUUACUUCCUGUCCCGAAGCAGCUGGAUUCACACUGCCAAUAAGAACUUGGAAGUCUCGACACAGAAUUUUUUUAUUUUGGUCAAAUUUAAAUU